CGAUGGUACAGCUGUCAAGCAGUGUUAAUGAAGGAGAGGCAGCUUCAUUUGAUAGGAAUACAACAAACUGGCAAAUAAAGCGUAAGAAUACAGCUUAGGUAAGCAAAAAUCAGGCUGUAGAGAAACGCGUAUGGGGAGUACAAUUGAAAUUGUAUUCAUUUGUGUUGAAUGUCUUACUCAAAUGGGAGGUACAAGUUUGAAGCUUCACGGCAAAGUGUAGCACAAUCAAGAACAUUCCAGAUGAAUCCAUACAUCACUAAUGAAAGCCAAAGCACUGGCUAUGGCUUCAACUUUCCUGUCAAUCAACAGGCAGGACAGCAAAAACGAGGGUUUGGCUCAUCGUACGAGCAGGCCCAAAGGCAAGGCUUCAUGCUUAGAAAUCCAAUGGAGCAUGCAAGACCUCCUUUGACUACUAUAGAUCGCUUCAGAAAAUAUGCUAACGUGGUUGGGCAUCAGGUUGGAAAUGAACAUGGUCCUAACAAGAUGCGCAAAGUAGAACAUAUCGAACAAGCCCAGGCAAGAUUCCAACAGCAAGCUCAAAUAGGUUUUGGUGAACCAAGACAAGAACAAAAUCAAUCCCAACCCCAACCACAAGGCUUGCGUUACAGCAAUGUGGAAGAGCGCCCCGCCAGUCAAGAGUCAGUAAAUGCGUUAACGCAAGCUUGUUUGACCACCCCUCUCGAUGAGGAUGAAGCUCAGCUCUUGGGCCCUGGAAAGACGAACAACGAUCAGAAUUCGGGUCAAAUGCCUAACAAAUUGCCGGCCUCGAGACCGGUCAUGACGCCGCGACCUAGUCCGCAAGGAUAUACGCAGGCUCAACCUGCAAACAGACAAGGUCCACCACCACCACCGGUGCAACGUGUGAUGAGCAGUAAUCCGCCAAGCUCAAGUCCUGUGCCUUUUCAAGAUUCUGCCUCUGAGACAAAUGUGAGCGCCAUCGAGGCGACCAUUGAACGCUUCCGCAUCAAAUUCCAUCGUGAAGUUUGUGACCUUUUUGUGGAACUCAAAAAGGAAGUACAACAAUUGAACCUUGACAAACCUGAUUCAAACAGCAAGCAAAUGUAGGGAAAUGGAUCAAAUUCAAGAUUCGAAGAGCUGACAAGACUAACUCAACGCAAUGUAUUUCAAGAACAAGAAGAAGACAAGAAUGCAAGAAAAAUUUGAUGAUCAUUUGUACAUCAGAAUACCAUCAGGCUUAUCGAACAAACAAACCCCUUAACGCUCGCACACCUUCCUCUCAGCGCUCACUGUCCAGCAACGCGCCACGCUUGUAUAAUUUCCUACGCUUCUCCUAUACACCCCAUCCCACCUGUAUCAUAACCUUGCCAUUUAAAGCU